GCCCUGCCCGCGAAGAUGGCCGCGGAGCUGUACCCGGCCGCCGGCGCCGCGGCCGCCACCGUCACGGACAUCGCCAACAGCAACGCCGCCGCCGCCGCCGCCGCCGGCCGGAAGGGCCCGCCCAGCGCCCCGCCGCCCGCCCCGCCGCCGUCCGCGCCCGCGCCGCCCGUGCCAGACAACAACAACUUGGAGAGCCCCAACUGGCAGUCCUUCCACCCGACCCUGCGCGAGAGGAACGCGCUGAUGUUCAACAACGAACUCAUGGCCGACGUGCACUUCAUCGUGGGGCCCCCGGGGGCGGCCCGCAGGGUGCCUGCCCACAAGUAUGUCUUGGCUGUCGGGAGCUCUGUCUUCUAUGCCAUGUUUUACGGCGACUUGGCAGAAAUCAAGUCAGAAAUCCACAUCCCCGACGUGGAGCCUGCAGCUUUUCUGAUCUUGUUAAAGUACAUGUACAGCGACGAGAUUGACCUGGAAGCCGACACGGUGCUGGCCACCCUUUAUGCAGCCAAGAAGUACAUUGUCCCCGCUCUAGCGAAAGCCUGUGUCACUUUUCUGGAGACGAGUCUGGAAGCCAAGAACGCCUGCAUCUUGCUGUCCCAGAGCCGGCUGUUCGAGGAGCCGGAGCUGACCCAGCGCUGCUGGGAGGUCAUUGAUGCACAGGCCGAGAUGGCCCUGAGGUCUGAAGGCUUCUGUGAAAUCGACUGGCAGACGCUGGAAAUCAUCGUGACACGGGAGGCCCUCAACGCCAAGGAGGCAGUGGUCUUCGAGGCCGUCCUGAACUGGGCUGAGGCAGAGUGCAAGAGACAGGGCUUGCCGGUCACCCCGCGCAACAAGAGGCACGUUUUGGGGCCUGCCCUCUACCUGGUCCGAAUUCCCACCAUGACCCUGGAGGAGUUUGCCAACGGUGCUGCCCAGUCAGACAUCCUGACCCUGGAGGAGACCCACAACAUCUUCCUAUGGUACACGGCGGCCAACAAGCCGCUGCUCAACUUCCCCCUGACCAAGAGGAAGGGCCUGGCCCCGCAGCGGUGCCACCGCUUCCAGUCUUCUGCCUAUCGUAGCAAUCAGUGGCGUUACCGUGGGCGCUGUGACAGCAUCCAGUUCGCCGUGGACAGGAGGGUGUUCGUCGCGGGGCUGGGCCUGUACGGGUCCAGCUCCGGGAAAGCCGAGUACAGCGUCAAGAUUGAACUGAAGCGGCUGGGGGUGGUCCUGGCUCAGAACCUGACCAAGUUUGUGUCGGACGGCUCCAGCAAUACCUUCUCAGUGUGGUUUGAACACCCCGUGCAGGUGGAACAGGACACCUUCUACACGGCCAGCGCCGUCCUGGACGGCAGCGAGCUCAGCUACUUUGGGCAGGAGGGCAUGACAGAAGUACAGUGUGGGAAGGUGACCUUCCAGUUCCAGUGCUCCUCAGACAGCACCAACGGGACCGGGGUCCAGGGUGGGCAGAUCCCCGAGCUCAUCUUCUAUGCCUGAACUGCCGGGGGUAGCAUGGACGCGCUAUGAUGCGCAUUGGGAGGAGGUGCACCCGCUGGGAAGGGAAGUGCAGCAGGCCCCUUCCCCCUGCCGGUUGCCUCACCGACACCAUUAAAGGCUUCGCUUCCUUUUUUUCUCUC